UUCAUGAUAUAGUUCAACUAAUUGCCCAUUCAUUCUGUAUUCUUUUAACAUAUAUACGCUUUUGUUGGUUAUUGCAUGGAAGCUUUACCAUUUGCUCUUUGGAAUUUUUCUUGUUCAGUGUAACGGUAUACAUUGGGAUAUAUGACAAAUCCAUGGAGUUUAUUCUUUGAUGAUAAUAUAUUGCUCCUUUUUAUUGCAGCGUUGCUUUUUCAAUGAGGAAAAUGAUGGCAGGUAAGAUAUUGAUAUUACUUGAUUUACCUUCUCAUACUCUUCUUUAGAUGUUCGAGCAGAUUAAUGUAUAGCAUGACAAAAACAAAAUUGAUGAUCAGGUGCAGUGGGUUUCUCCAUGUGAGAUGAUGACUUCUGCAACAACUAUUUUCCAGCGAGAAAAUUGGAACAUUAACGUUGUGCAGGUUCAGAUCCUUGUCAUGUACAUAUUUUCCUACAGACUGUAGUCUUGAUGUUUUCUUUUAAAUUCUCCUACAAACCCCUAAUGGUGAAUUUUGAAUUGGACCAGAACAACUUGUUCUGAUGUCAAAGGAUCACAACGUAGAAGCCUCGCAGCAAUACAGGGGGGAGUUUUCAAUCUUGAAUCUAUCCUAUGGGUUGAUUCUCUUUGUUGUUCAUGUCCACUUGGUCGUAUCUGGUUGCUUAUACGUGAUUUUGUUAGUUUGCAUGUAUCUGGUUGCUUAUGCGUGAUUGUUUUUGGUUUGCAUUUGUAUUAGGUUCGAGGAUUGUCGAAUUUUCCAAAGACAAACGUACAGAAAGAUAUCCAUGGUGAUGAGGAUGACAUUGUAAAUCGGAAUCAAAGAAGGACGGUAUGGUGCAGGUCGCAUUGUAUUUGCAGUCAUUCUUGUUGUAGUUGUUUUUGCUGUCAUCGUGACAAGUAUUAUGAUUGUGGAUAGCAGUUAUGAACGUUAUCUUCUUUCUAUUUCAUGUUUGCAGCAAUCAGUGACUUCAAAUGCUCUCUGCAGUUUCAACACCGAAACGAGUGAAAGAGACACAUCUGGAGGUUCAAAAAGAUGCUAGUAAGGACCCAUUCUUAAUGUCUUGUUGUAAAGUUGCAGAUGACAAAGCAGUCAGUGACGUCAAACGCUCUCUGCAGUUUCAAAACCUGAACGAUGAAAAGAGAUGUACAUCUGGAUGUGAUAAGAGGUGGUGGACGAGUUGCAACAUUGUGGUGGGUGAUUCCAGGUCCCUCAACACUGGUAAUAUGGUUCAAAAAGAUGCUAGCAAGGACUCAUUCUUAAUGGCUGGUCGUAAUGCUGGUAGGUUAUGUGUUUUUAUGUCUUUCCUCGUUCUUUUCUGAAUUAUUGGUUUGCAUGAAUAAAAAUGGUUGAUUAUGUAAAACAGAGAAAACAUAGAUUACUAGAGUCGAAUGAGAUGUGAAGUGUUUAUCAAGUUUGUAGAUUUUAUUAAUAUGGUUAACCUUUAUUCUGUCCACAAAGGCCACUGUUGUUGAUAUCAACACAGAAUUGGAAUUUUUGAUGGCCAAACUCCUUUGCACGUAGAAAACGUUUUAAUGAUCGUACUGUUCAGUGUAUUAUUAUUAAAUAUAUUGAUAAACUGAUGGCAUGUCUCAGUCAGGUUUGGCUUAAUGGAGUGGUGGUUUUGAUUGGUAUUGUUGGUCUGUGAGUUGCUCUUACUGUCUUCUUGGCUGUUCUGAUCCGGUACGUUUUUCUGUUUAUGCAAGAAGUACAUUGUUUAUCUUCGUGUCUAUAUAAUUUUGGAAUACCUUCACACCUUUUAGUUCUUACCAAAAAAAACAUAUUGUUGUAAACUGUCUCUGUAACACGCAUCGAUUGAUUGUCUACGUAUUUCAUAUGAGAGCUGUGCAAGAAUUGUCUCUGUUUCCUCCAGAUGUUUUACUUUCAGUUUUUUCUGGUUGCUGAAG